AUGUCUGCGGAUGCCAACAUCGAGUUUCUCGAUACCAAGCCAUUCAUAAGCAAUUUAGACUCUCUCAUCACAAUCAAAGACUGCUCUACUACACCAGCGGCCCACAAUGAUUCCUUCGGUCGCCCCCAAGACGGCAUCUUACUUGUCCAUGGCCAUGUUCUACCAUGUAUACGAACAAAAGAUCUUGCUCACGGCCGUGUCAGAGUUCAGGUCAUACAAGAGCCCAAUCUGGAAGGCAUUGUUCUCCUUGACGUUCUCGAUGCGCCCACGGAGCGCGGCACCAAUCCUUCUUCAGAUACACAGAGCCCUACCUCUGCCGAUAGUGAGCGGCUGUUGUGCCUCGUUCUCGCGGAGUACAUGAAUUUGAAAGAAUGGGAACCAGAUGACAAGGAUCCUGAUAGCGUGGUUGGAUUAAUGCUACAACAGCAUUUGAAUGGCAGAUACUGCAGAAUUGGUUGGUUCACGGCUGACUUUGAGUGGAAGGGUCAGAUGCAUGAAGAGACGAAGAGAACG